UAGUAUGUGGGUGCUGCAUGUGUCUGUGUUUAGAGCGAAAAUACACAAAAAUCUAAAAUUUCCAUCAUACUUGGGGGACUAUUGAGUGAAAUCCAAAAAAUUUCGGACUUAGUAGUUUGCAAAUAAAGCAACAGCAAAGCAGUGUUUAAAAUAGAAAAAAUAAACAACGAUAACGAAUCAACAUUUGAUAAAAAUAAAGGGGAAAAAACAAACGAACAAAAUCUGAAAAGAAAAAAUUAAAAAAAACGAGUUUAGUUAAAAAAAAACGUAGUUUGAAACAAAUUGUGGCUCUCAACGUGGAGUAUGGAAAUCCCUUAGGAGCAAAAUUUAUAUAAAAAAUGCAACGAAAAACCUAAAACUUUGUAUGAAAUUUUAAAAACAAAACCCACCUUACCACUCUUGCCAUUGGUAGUGGAGACCAUAAAUCUGCAAAACGUGACAUAAAUUUGAUUGAUUACAAAGUAGAUUCGCUAUCGUCAAGAACAUUAAAUCAUUCGAUUUUGAAUAACAAGCGCUGAGCUAUUUGUUAGCGAAUAUUGAGAUUAGCUACAAGAGCGAUAAGCUUUAUUGCCCUCACCAUAAAAGUCAUUUUGGCCCAGCUGGGCCAUAGAUAAUCCCAAAAGUAAGAACGUUUUUGGCUCAGUUAUUUCUUGGCUUUUCAACGAGACGCAACGAUGCUUACGCCACUGCUCCGUAGCAAAAUGUGGCCCAUGCAGCUGCUGUUGGUUUCCUGGGGUGUGUUGAGCAUUAUGGCCACUUUGCCCACAGCCACCAGGUGUGAUACUUCGUAUUAUGAGAAAUACUAUUCGGCGCGCAGAUUUCUACCUCUGAAGAAGACCUCCACGGUGGAGGUGAGAUUCCAGGUGCAUCUGGGCGAGGAGAAGUUGGAGGAAUUCGAAAGACUGGCCUUGGUGGGAGAUGUUGAGGCCUUGGGCUUGUGGAAGGCCGACAAGGCCAUUAUGAUGAACCGCACUGAGGAGUUUGGCAAAUGGGAGGCCUUGCUGCAGGUGCCCGUCAAUGGUUCCUUCAAUUAUAGAUAUUUUAUAGCGGCGCAGGAUAAGCUAACCUCCCAGGUGCAAAUUAGACGCUGGGAAUCGUCACUCAACUCACGUUCCCUCUCCGUUGCCAGUGUGUCUGUCAAUCGGAGUGACACUUUUGGCUUUGUGUCCGCCAACAAGAAGGAGGUGCAGAGGGGCUGGUUGAAUUCCGGUCAUUUGGUGCAAUUCAAGCUAUUCCGCAAUCCCUUGAGCCUGCAUGAGCUGAUAACCACCGAGCAUCAGCAGUUGAGGGUAAAGGUUACCCCCGUAGAUCCCCAGUGGCGCAGCCAGAUAGCCCCUUCGGCUAGGGCCUACACCGAAUAUGUGCGCAUGGAAUAUGGCAACAGUUUUCUGCGCUCACAACCCCAGCAUGGAGUGCUGUACCAGGAUAAUGGCAUUAUAAUGUAUCACCUCACUGUGGCCGAUUUGAGUAAUGUGGCCUAUCUGUUUGAGUUGCUGAUGGAGGAUACGACAACGGAUUUGGUGCGUGUAGUGGGCUAUCAAUAUGUUCAACCUGACAUGUUGCAGGGCACCGAAGGUCAGUUUGAUCUUACCCUGCUUUCGCCCAUUUGGAUGAAUAUGAUGGGUUCGCUGAAACUGGAAUAUGUGGUCAUGCAUCCCUUGGCCAAUUCGACGGUGGAUUUUCGCACCUCCUUCACCGAAUACUGGCGUGGCAAUUGGACCCAUCUGGAGGCUGGUCAUCGUGGUCUGGGUAAGUCCCUCAAGGAGACCACCAAUGCUGCCCCCAUCAUGGAGAACACUGUGGCCACUAUGAUAGCCACCGGAGAAAUGGGCGCUGACAUAGUGGAAUUCGAUGUGCAGCUGACCAAGGACUUGGUGCCCAUCAUCUUUCAUGACUUUUAUGUGUAUGUGUGCAUUGAAUCGAAAACACCCACCAGCAAGGACGAUCUCAUCCAAGUGCUUAUCAAAGAUGUGACCUAUGAGCAAUUGAGGGAUUUAACCACCUAUCAGUUGGUGGGCUCCAAGAUUGUGGAAUAUGCCUCGCACAACUCGGUGGAGGAUGAGAAUCAUCGUCUGUUCCCCACCUUUGAGGACUUCUUGACUAAGGUCAACAAAUCGGUGGGCUUUGACAUUGAAAUUAAAUGGCCGCAGCUCAAGAAAAACGGCGAAUGGGAGAGUGUGCAGACCAUAGACAAGAAUGUCUUUGUGGACAGCAUAUUGCAGGUGAUGAUGAAGCAUGGCUGUGGUCGCCUCUCCUUCUUUACCAGUUUUGAUGCUGACAUCUGCUCCAUGCUGCGCUACAAGCAGAAUAUGUAUCCUGUCAUGUUUUUGUCCUCCAGCAAGGAAGCUGUCUUCAUGGAUCCUCGCUCCGACACCAUUACGGAUACCGUCAAUAAUGCCCAGGCCUUUGAUCUGGCCGGCAUAGUGCCCAAUGCGGUGUUCAUAAAGAACAAUCCCGGCUGGGUGGAGGUGGCCCUAAAACAGCAAAAGAAAAUCUUUCUCUGGGGUGGUGAUUUAAAGGAUCGCGAGUCUGUUGAUUGGUUCCUCAUGCAAAAUCCCACCGGCGUUAUUUACGAUCGCAUGGACAUCUAUUUGACGCCCAAUCGCACGAGUGCUUUUGAGAGAGAACACGAUCUGCCCGAUUUCUUUGAGUUGCAGUGUUCGCCUGCGAGCCAGAGUGGUGGGGAAAAUGCCACUGUGACACAGAUUCUAAGCAAUGUCAAUAUGCUGUAGAUAUGAGAGGCGGUCCAAGAGACGAUCCAAGAGAGAGAGAGAGAGAGAGAGAUGCUUGUGCAGUAUUAUUGUUAUUUGUUUAUAUAAAAACAAAAAUUAAGGGUCUUUAAAUAAAGGUGCUUUUUUGGUAUAUAGAAA